AGCUUCUUGUCAUUUGGAGCAGGUCCACCUGCAGUGCGGCGCACCUGCACCUGCCGCAGAGAACUCUCACCUGCGUGUUUCUCCGGAUUUACCUGCCCCAGACGAUGAGUCUUUGAUCUGCAGGAGAAGACAAACCAGAAGAGCAACGAUGAAGAAAAGGUCGCUGAACCUUCUGGGCCGGAAGAGCGAGUCCCUGUUCGGCCCCAGCGUGGAGGUGGAGGACCGAGAUAACGUGGAGUUGUGGCUAGCUCCUUCUGCAAUACCCGAGUCGGGGAUGGCCAGUGUUCGGGCCAGACCCACAGUCAAGCAUCUCCCUUCCUCGAUGGAAAGUUUUCACGGAUUCGCCGUCCCAACUCCCACCGUCCCUGUCCUGCCCCCUGCCAGCGGUCCUAAGGUCAACGGCUCAGUGACCAAAGAUCAGAUGCCCAACGGGUCGGUUCUGUCCGGACCUUCUCUCUCCCCGAGUGAAGCAUUUGUUCCUCCUCCUCCAUCAAUGGCACCUCCACCUCCUCCUCCUUCUGUGGCACCUCCAGCUCCUCCUAAUGUUUUCGUCCCGCCUCCACCCGACUUUCUGGGCGACCUCAACACUCUGGACAUGGCAGCCCUUCAACCUCCGUCAAUGCCUGCACCAAACCCUCCUUUCACUCCACCAGCCACGAAGGAGGAGGAUUUGUCCCUCCUAAAGCCACCUCCCAUGGCCCCACCGAAGCCUCCAUCCACCAGCUCCACUGGCUCUUCAUCUUCUAGACCUCCCUCUGUCCCCAUUUCAAAGGAUCCACCACUCGUCUCACCACAGCCGCCUGCAGAGAGGCAACACAAGUCGUUCAAGACUCCGCCUCCGAAACCUUUAAGAACAUCGUCGGCCUUCAGCUUCGACUCCCCACCGCACACUCCUGCACCAACACCCCCCCACCGCACAGCCACCGUCUCCACCUUCAAUCCCCAAACCACUGCCAAGGUUUAUGACAUUCCAAAGACCACGUUUCUCAAAGACAGUGAGGAUCACAGCGCUACUAAGCCCAAGCACAUGCUGAUCCUUGAGGACCCUGAAUCUGGAGCCCCCGUUACUGUGCUUGUGAGUGGAGACAAAAAGGCCCCCGCAGUCGCGACACCCCCCACCAAACCAGUUCCUAAAGAUGAGGAGAAGAAGUUAGAACCCAUCCCGCCUCAGGCUCCUCUGCCUGAGACUCACAAGGAGCCCAAAACAAACACCGUGUCGAGUCAGUCCGAGACCCCUAAACCGCCGGAGUCUCCAAAGCUUCAGCGAGUGACCAACGUUCAGCUUCAGACCGGUCCAAAUCAAAGCCGCCAUGUCAGUCCAAUCCUGGAUCGUAAACUCCGGAAUCUGAAGGCCAAUGAAAUCCCAGGAGCACGAGAGAACUCCUCCUCAUCUUCAUUGUCUCCAUUAGCUCUCCUACAAGCAGCCAAGGAAAGAGAGAGACUCCGAACAAGUCAGCCUUUGUCACGGGAGAGCAGCACCAAGAGCGAGGCGUCCAGCUCUCACCGGAGCUCCUCCCCUUCAGGGUCCUUCACUGUCACCCCAGCAGCGGAAUCGUCUUCUCCAGCUCCUGUGAGAGUGUUGGACAGGACAAAGCCUGCACAAAUUCAGACUCCAGAAAAACCCAAAAGUCCUGCGCCAUUCCGGGAACUUGUGCCUUCGUCCACUCCGGCCCCCAACAGACCCACAGCAUCUUCACCGGUGUUACCUGAGCAGAAGCCGAGUCCAGCCCUCGACCCCGCAGACCCCCCAACCGAGGAGCUGAAUAUCCCCCUGCUGCCCCCGCCCCCAGAGUUUGAUGAUUUCAGCGAUGUAACCCAGCCUCCCCCUGCUGUUUGCCCACCUGAUCCACCAGUGAAGAAAAAUACAUCAGUUGUGGCUUCUCCAACCCCAGUCCCCGGACCUCCUUCCAAAACUGCUCCCUCUGCAAAUCCACCACCUCCUCCAAACACUGCACCUCCUGCAAAUCCACCACCUCCUUCCAAAACUGCUCCCUCUGCAAAUCCACCACCUCCUCCAAACACUGCACCUCCUGGAAAUCCACCACCUCCUCCAAAAACUGCUCCCUCUGCAAAUCCACCACCUCCUCCAAACACUGCACCUCCUGCAAAUCCAGCACCUCCUCCUCCUCCAACGCUCCCACGUCCUGACAAACACGUCAAACCAAAGCCUCAAGUCCAGACAAAGCCCAAACUGGAGCACAGUCAGCUCCCGACCGCUCAGUCUCCCAGCCAGGCAACUCUAGUCAGCAUAUUACAAAGGAAGAUGUUGGAGAUGGACCAGAAGAUGACCCCGGUGAAGAUGGCCGAGCCCACCGACGACUGGGUCACCAGUCCAAAUGAGGACGACAAAAAGAUCCCUGUAGUGGCCAGAGCCAAGCCCCAGAACCAAAGCACCCCUGUUCCCGGCAAAGCAACUACUCUGGACAUGAAGGAGCUGGAGAACAAAGUGGUGAAAAAAUACCAGAGCAGCAAAGCUCCUACCAGCAACGGGCCGCAGUUCAAACAGCAGUACGGCAAGACCUUCAACAUCCGGCCUGGAACCAAACAGCCCAUAACACUCGUUACUAACGGGGACACUUAGGGACCUCCCGAGUGAGCUUUUCAUUUUCUUAAAUCAUGUGCUGUGUAGAGGUAUUGUAGGGUUGUAAAUGUAAAAUACAAUAAUGUACAGUCUCAUGACUAAACGUCCUUCUGCUGUUACAUGUGUGAUAUUUAAGUUUUCUGACACAAAUCUGUUCCUCACAUUUACUGAUCUGAAGCUUCAUGUUGCUCUUCUGCAGUGGCUUUUUUAAAUAAAUGUAGCUAUACAUGUAUAUUUGAGCUUGUAUGAUAGUUAAUAAAAAUAGUUUUAUGAACAUUAUUGUGUUUAUUAGUUUGAUUGUGUAAAGUAAUCUACUGUUCUACUGCAAACCUACUAAUCUACUGCAAACUACUGUUCUUCUUUAUCAUUCUUUUUCUUUUUCUUCUUAUUCCUCUGGACGUUUUUUGUCUGCUUUUAACUUCUGCAAUUUUUUUGUUUUUCUGCAAUUCAACAAAACUGUUGCAAUUUCUACCAUUCAAAUCCAAACUUUCUGCAGACAUAACUUCUGCAUUCUUUAUGCUAUUCUAAAAAUUCAAACCUACUUGUUGCCU